CUUCCCCUCAGUACCACCCUAAAGAAAUGAAUAAACACUUAUGGGUGUUUCUCCCAGAGACUAUAUAAUGUGAGGAACUUCAUCACAGCUCCAGAGGAUUGCUGACAUUUCUACUGGUCAUCAUCUCUGGAAAAUCAUGUAAGAUAAGAAGCUUGAUGACAGCUUUAGAGGAUUGCACACGCUUCGACUAGCAAUGGACUCUAACAUGAAGAUGGAGGUUGCGGCUCUCGGUCGGCCUUUUAGCCUCGGGAUGUUGUAUGACUGCCGCAGUGACUCCCUCGUGCCUGGACUGACAUUAUGGGACCACAAUGACCUACAAAAUCAUAUUACAGAACGACCUCAGAAAUACAGUGAUUUUGAGAUAGUUGCCUCAGAAUCAAUUGAAGAUAAAGCUUCAGCACUUGAUGUUAAUGCAUCACUGAGGGCAAGUUUCUUGGGUGGACUUGUAGAAGUAAAUGGAUCAGCCAGAUACCUGACCAACAAUAAGACUUCUAAAAACCAAGCCCGAGUAACACUGAAGUACAAAGCAACUACAAAGGUCCAGGAACUGUCCAUGAAUCACCUUGGAAGAGGAAACAUGAAGCACCCUUAUGUUUUUGAGAAAGGACUAGCGACACACGUAGUCACAGCGAUCCUUUAUGGGGCACAGGCCUUCUUCGUCUUUGACCGUGAGGUUUCUCAAAAUGAAAAUCAACAAAACAUUGAGGGAAACUUGAAGUUGGCCAUAAAGAAAAUUCCUCUUCUUGCUAUAGAGGGUGAAGGUUCACUGAAAAUGGAGGAAAAUGACAAGGCAAAUGUUGAGAAAUUCUCCUGUAGUUUCAUUGGAGACCUUUCCCUUCAGAAAAUGCCCACAUCCUUUGAGGAUGCCAUACAGGUCUACCAAAGUCUGCCUUCUCUGCUGGGAGCCAAUGGAGAGAACGCAGUACCAAUGAAGGCGUGGCUGCUGCCACUGACAACUUUAGAUUCUUCUGCUGCUAAACUGGUUCGACAGAUUAGUGUUAGUUUGGUGCAAGAAUCACAGAGUGUCCUGGAGGACUUCACUGAGCUGGAAAUGAGGUGUAAUGAUGCUCUGAGAACCACCACGGCACAGCAGUUCCCACAGGUUGAAAAAAAGAUUAAAACAUUUAAGGUGAUGUGCUCUGAGUUCAAACUGGGGUUCCAACAAGCACUGGCAAAGAAACUUCCAUCAAUCCGAGGAGGAGGAGAAGAGGAGGCUGGGCUCGCAGAAAUCCUGAAGAAGAUACAUUCUUCUCCUUUUAACAGUGAAAACCUGACUGAGUGGAUGAAGUGUAAAAACAGAGAAAUAAUGCUUUUAAAACGUUUUACAAACAUGAUGAAAAACACGACGGUUGUUUCAGCCCAAAAUUUUGAUGAGGUAAUUUGUAGCUCAGACUACUGCGUCUGUUUUGUUUUCACCUCUUUGGGAGUCGAUGAACCGUUCCUCUCAGUUUUAUCAAACUACUUAAGACAAAAACCAGAAUCAGAAAACCCUGGAGAUCCUCGUACUUGUGAUGUAGAGAAAGAACAGUGGUACUCUGCUAAAGAAGUGUCAGAUUCAAUGAGGAAAAAAGCAAAGCUCUUCGGUGACUUUGCAGAGGCCAACAAGGAGAACGAGAACGUAAAGUUCCUGAUGGUUGGAAUGACAGAUCAGACACAGAAAGGUUCGACCAUCUACUUUUGUAAAGACGGCUUUACUGAUACGGAGGACUUUGAGCCACCGUCAAAGCCUGAACCAUUCACAGUUUGUGAUGUGAACCACAACAGUGUGACACUGAAGUUUGAUCCACCAAAGUCUGGAUCGGAGAUCAUCACCUCCUACUCUGUUGAGUACUGUAUCAGUGGAGAGGAAGGAUGGAAACCGCAGACAGUAGAGAAACCUGGACAAAUCACAGUGGCUGAUCUGAGUCCAAACACAGAGUACAUGUUCAGGUGCAGAGCAGUGACCGAUGUGGGUGUUGGACCAGCCAAUCAAAUCAAAAGUCCAAUUAAAACCUUACCAUGCAGCCCUCCAGGAAAACCACAAGUUCAGUCAAACUCAACUGAGAUGUCAGAUGUCAAACCUGCUGAGAUUGGAAGAGAUGUCCACAAUUCUGGCGACAUUGUGGAGUACGCCAAACCAGACAAAGAGGAGGAUCUCCAGUGCAGCCAAAAGCAAACAGGAGCUGAGGAGAUGAUCAUCUCAGAGCUUCAGCCAAAAACAGAAUAUGAUGUCAGGGUCAGAGGUGAUCGUGCUGCGGCUGGUAGAACAACAAAAAACAAGCCUGUCUCUGAACAACUCAAACAGCAAAGUAAAAGGAUUACCAAUGCCUCACCCUCAGUUUACAAACUGACUCUGAACUACCAAACUAUGAGUAUUAAAGGAUGUCGAAGGUUUAACUUGGGCAACAAAAGAAGAAGAAAGAAAAAUUGCACCAUAAUGGUUAUGGGAGCGACUGGAUCAGGAAAGUCCACUCUGAUCAAUGGAAUGAUCAACUACAUUGUUGGUGUGAACUGGAAGGACGAUUUCCGAUUUAAAAUUAUUGAAGAGGAUGAGUCCAGAUCACAGUCUGAGAGCCAGACCUCUGAGGUCACCGUGUACAAAGUCCAUCACCAGGAAGGCUUUAGAAUAAAACACUCUCUCACCAUUGUUGACACUCCAGGUUUUGGAGACACAAGAGGCAUAGAGAGAGACAGAGAGAUCACAGAAAUGCUGAGGAAUCUCUUCUCUCAAAGUUUUGGUGUCAGUGAAAUUCAUGCUGUGUGCUUUGUAGCUCAGUCCUCUUUAGCUCGACUCACAGCAACACAGAAAUACGUGUUUGACUCUGUCCUCUCGAUCUUUGGUAAAGACAUCGCAGAAAACCUCAGGGUUCUGGUGACAUUCGCUGACGGCCAGGUACCACCUGUUCUCAAAGCCAUCAAUGAUUCAGGAGUCCCAUGUCCAAAAACAGAAGAUGGACAGCCAGUUCACUUCAAAUUCAAUAACUCAGCUUUGUUUGCUGACAACACAUCAUCUGCAGACAGCAUGAACUUUGAUGAGAUGUUUUGGGACAUGGGGGCAGGAAGCAUGGAGAGAUUCUUUGAUGCUUUAGAUCUCAUUGAUCCUAAAAGCUUGACAAUGACAAAGGAGGUCCUCAGAGAAAGAAAACAGCUGGAGAAUUCAGUCGAAAAGUUGCAGGAGCAGGUCAAAAUUAGUUUGGCCAAACUGGAGGAGAUCAAAGAGACAGAAGCAAAACUGAAAGAGUUUGAGGCAGAGAUCAGGAGAAAUGAAAACUUUGAGAUUGAGGUCACUGUCACAAAGGCUUUCAAGGUUGAACAUACUCACAAGGGAAGAUUCCUCACCAACUGUCAGCAGUGUCAUUUCACCUGCCAUGAAAGAUGUGUAUAUGCAGAUGACAAAGACAAAAUCAAAUGUUGUGCAAUGGGGUCAGACGGCCGCUGCACUGUGUGUCCAGGUAAAUGUUCCUGGAAUUUGCAUUUUAAUCAGAAAUACAAAUGGGAGUACGUAGAGGUCAAAGAAAAACAAACCAUAGCAGAUCUGAAAAAGAAGUAUGACGUCGCUAAAAAAGACAAGUCACCCAUUGAAGCACUGUUUGGAAAACUGAAGCAUGGAUAUGACGCUGUGAAGACCACUGUGAAGGAUCUUAUCAAGAAUUCUGCUCAGUGUCUCAACAGACUGAAAGAGAUCGCACUGAAACCAGAUCCUCUCUCCGCUCCAGAGUACAUCGACAUGCUGAUUGAAGGAGAGAAAUCUGAGGCCAAACCAGGCUGGAAGCAACGAGUUCAGUCCCUGACCGAAAUGAGAGAACAAGCAGAGAUCAUGGCUAAGAUCAACAAAGGAGAGGCACCCCACAGUAGUCUAGUCUAAGGGUUUAGGUUUUGAUCAGGGUCCUGCAGACAACAGUACAGAUUAUAGAAGGACCUCAACCGACCACAGCGACUCUGGAACUGAUACCAACUGACAUCAACAUUCAGACAAAAUCAAGGACACCAUGGCGCCUAAGAAACUACUGACAGUGUCUGAUAGCACAAAGAUGAAGGACUGAUUCAGUCUGAAAACCAAUCACACAGUGAUUUACCAGAGCUGAUUCUUUACUCUGGGACCAAGAUUCAAAGUUUAAAAACUGAGGAUGUCACAAUUAAAAAUAUGUAUGCAUUAAAGGGUGGAUCUUUGGGGUUUCCUUUGUACAAUAAUUAUCUACAUGUUUCAUUUAGAAUGAAGGAAAACAGAUCAAACAUGCUCUGUUGAUCCUUAUGAUCCACUUUAAGCCAGCAUUUGUUUUUAAACUUACAGAUCAGCUAGUCUUCACUGUGCAGUGUCUUUAAACUAAACUUAAAAAUCUCAGCUUUUUCUUCCAUUUUGUGUUUUUUUCUUCUCUUCAAUUACAUUU